AUGUCUCGCAGUCACUCGCUAGGCUCUGCGGAGCAGACGAUCCGCAAAAUUGACAUUGCUCAGGUCUCCCUCAGCCUCCAGGAUCGACUCGGCCUCGCCAAAGUCAAAUAUCAGAACGGUCGUUUGCGUGCCCUGAACCUAGAUCAGCAGCAGGAUGGCCGGAUGGCGUUUCUGGGAAGCGACAAGCCUUCGGAUUCCUCGUCGGAUGUCUCCAACAGCCGCCACGAAACCCCGAUGACCUCGCCCCCCUUCCUCGCCUCAGCUACCUACUCGAAAGAGCUACCCAGGUCGGCACGGAAUAGGCAUGCGGUCACCUUCAACUCAAGGGUGAUGCAGCCGAUGUUGUCCGCGGGGCGGAAGAGGGUUCGAUCCGACUCGAUCACCGACCGGCCGGCCAAAGUGUCUCGCGUCUCUUGGAAGAGCUCAUACCGCCUGCCGGAGUCCUCGCCAGGUUUCGAUCGUCAUUCUGCCCGCCGGCACCACCGGUAUCCCCCGCCCUAUAUCUCCAGGCCGGCCACUGUCUUCGAGGCCUCCUCGCCAGCCCGCCGUGGUGGUCAUUCCGACGAUGGACACGACCCGGAUCUCCCCAUACACAGCUUCCAGAAUAUAAGUUCAAUGGUGAACUCUUCCCCGCCCCGGACACCCCCACCCAAGCAUGCUCGUCUUCCGCGGAGCGAGAGACCCAUGCAGAACGACGAUGGCGCGGAUUUACUGCUCUACCUGGCCAACUCGCCUACCCCGGCCAGCAUCGCCAAGGGCACCACCCAUCGGGACUUCCCCCCGUCCACUCCACCAAGCCAGCAUGCGGUCCUGCCGUCUCUCACCCCUACACCGGGAGGCGGCGGAGUGUUCCCCAACUUUGGCACGCCGAAUCAGCAGUUCAACUUUGCCGAUUUUGUCAAUGUGACACCAAGCCCUGCCCAGCCCCCUUGGGGCGGUCGUACCCCCGGCGGGCCCUCGAGAACCCCCCUUGCCAUCAAGGACACGAGAAAACGGCUCAAUUUUGACAAUCUAGUCCCUCCAAGUGCGGAAAGCCCUAGACAGCCCAUGAAGGGAGCCGGCCUAGCUCUUCAGCUCGGCGAAGAAUUACGGCCCUGA